CCAAGGGCGACCACAAGAGACGUCUGCGAUGUUGAGUCAGCUGUCAUCGACGUAGAACGUCCGAAUUCGUCUUUUCUCAAUGCGGUGCGCCCGAUUUGGACCGAUUCCGCCGUCCGAGACCGACUUUUCUCUGACUUAGACGUGCCAUGAAGUUCUGCGCGUCCGGCAUGAACGUCGCAAUCGUCGUGGCGGCCGUUCUGGUGGCCGCUCCUUUGGCCUCUUGGGCUCUGCCCGAACCUGGCAAAUGGGAGUUCAAGCCGACGGAGAAAAACCAAACCUACUUGACAUCAAAGAGUUUGAUCAAUGGAUCACAGGUUUUCAUUAGCCUCACUUGCGAUCCAAAGCAGAAUUCUCUGCUUGUGAAUGUGUCGUGGAUUCUGAUAGAAACGCCUUGUCUCCACGAUCCAAUCCCAUUUGGAGAAAAUAGUACGAAAAUUUCGAAUCGAGGCUGGAGACGCAUCAUGCAGCCUAGAGCUGAGUAUGAAUGCCAUGGACUUGUAAUUGUGGAUGAGUUCAACCCAGACAGUGUUCCUGUCAGUGCGAAAACUUCAAACUCAUCCUUGCCUGGAAUUUCUAAAAAUAGUCCAUCGGUGAAGUGGGAAACAAAGUUGGACAAGAGCAAACUGCAGCCGAAAGAGCAUCCGAUAGUGACUGUGCCUAGGGAUGGAAUCUACAUUCUUUUGGUCACCAUCCAGACCAACAGCUAUGACAAGUUUGUUCUCCACAUCGAGAUGCAGAGUAGGCACGGAUACCUGUCGGCAGCCGACUGGCCCCUUCUUCCCUUCUACGGGGCCAUGUGCCUGGUCUACGUCAUUUAUGGAAUUGCUUGGCUGAUCGUCUCGUUUUGUCAGUGGAGAGAUUUACUGCGAAUCCAGUUCUGGAUUGGCGGAGUCAUUCUGCUCGGAAUGCUCGAAAAAGCCAUGUUUUACGCCGAGUAUCAAAGUAUCAACUCCUCCGGCACUCCGGUCCAAGGCGCCGUGCUGUUGGCGGAACUUGUUUCCUGCGGAAAAAGAACCCUUGCCAGGAUGCUUGUGAUCAUUGUCAGCUUGGGCUUUGGAAUCGUCAAGCCACGUCUCGGACCCAUGUUGCACAGAGUGGUUGGAGUUGGCUUGCUCUACUUUGGAUUAGCUGCCGUGGAGAGUUAUCUCCGGGUGAUGGGCCACAAAAACCAGAACAACCAGAUUCUGGUUGCCAGUGUUCCUCUGGCCGUGCUUGACUCAGCCAUUUGUUGGUGGAUCUUCACUAGCCUGGUGCAAACCACCAGGACUUUGAGACUUCGAAGAAACGUGGUGAAGCUGACUUUGUACAAGCACUUCACAAACACUCUUAUUUUCUCUGUCAUCGCUUCCGCGAUCUUCAUGCUCUACUCCAUCAAAGCUAGACUGGUUCUCUGCCAGUCGAAUUGGAAAAAUAUUUGGAUUGAUGAGGCCUACUGGCACCUGCUUUUCUCUGUUCUCCUUUUAGUUAUAAUGAUUUUGUGGAGGCCCACCAAUAACAACCAGAGGUAUGCAUUUACACCACUGCUGGACAAUCCUGAAGACGAUGAGGAAGACGAACAAGUUGUUCAUGAUGCCUAUGGAGUUAAAAUGAGGGCUUACAAGGACAGAGCCAAUUCGCCCAAACCCCGUCCUAGUACCAGUGUGGAGGAUGAUUUGAAAUGGGUUGAAGAAAACAUUCCUUCCUCGAUAGCCGACUCUACCUUGCCUCUCCUAGACUCUGACGAAGAGAUAAUGACAACUAAGUUUGAAGUGUCCAAAAUGCAGUGAGUGAAGUGACUAUUUGAAAUUAUUUGUCUUUGCUGCAACACCUUUUUUUAUUUUAAAUCGAAGUACUUAAUGUGAUUUUAUUUGUGAGCUCACCGGUAAGAUGUUUGUUGGUUAAGCGCACGAAAUAGAGGCGUUUCUGUCCAAAUCUCAUUGGACUUUUCAAAUAAAAGAUACUUUGCUUGAAUUGUAACAAAUUGUUAACAGCCUCAGAACUUGCACGGCCCUUGUCAGUUAAUAUUUGAUUACAAUAUUCAUCUGCCAUAAUAGAUUUUCUUAAAAAAAAAAAAUCAAAACUUAGAAUCAUUGCAUUUUAAAUACUUUAUGUAGCAAAAUAAACCAAUACUUUUGGCAUUGGCUCUACAUAGGGUAAUUUGUUAGGUGGUCUGCGAAACUAUGCCGUUUUUCAGGUUGGCUUGAUAUGAUAACAAAUUUAAAUAAAUACUGUAACAAAUAAUGGAAUCUGCCUCAAAGUAUUGAUAUACCUAUAAAAGCUUUUUCAUAUUCCUUGAGCAAAAUGAUUUUGUGACUUGAAAAUAAAGCAAAAAAUCUCCCCCA